AUGGCCUCUCCUCUCUCUCUCUCCAAUUCCACCAUCACAGCUGCAGCACCAUGCGACUCCGACUGCAGCGACUCCUUUAAAGACAACCCGCGACUAACCGUAACCUCACCCCCUUCCCCAACCAGGCGCCGGGGCCAAUCCACCCGCUUCUCAGAGCCGGAUAUCCGCUCCUGCCUUCCCCACCAUCUCACAGAUGUCGCUACCCCUGCUGUCAUGGACGAGCGAACAAGCCUACUAGGCGCCAGCGACGACGGCAACAGGGCAUACACAAGUAUCCCCAACACAAACAUCCUGCCCACAUGCAGUCCCCGCUCGCCCAAUUUCCACAGACACCACAGCACGACUGGCAGCCUGCGCAUACCCAGGAACCACAGCCGCGCCAACUCGCAGGCUGUCAAGUUGGGCGGUGGGCAGCCUGCUGAGUGGUCGCGGACGGACACAGGCGCACGCGGCGGAGGGGUCUACUCGUACAAAGCGUCCAAGCAUGGUAGUGGUGGUGAUGGCGCAUCAUUUUUGGAUGAUAGAGUCUGGUAUGACCAGUUUACGUCUACGGACUGGGUACACGAUAGCAUUGCGGAUGGCAUACGGCUGCGAAACUUGCGGAGCCGCAGGGAUAUUCGCGGGCGGAUACUGGCGUGGUUGGAUGGGGCGCAGGGGUGGAUUCUUGUCGCGGUGAUUGGGAUAAUAACGGCGUGCGUGGCGUAUUUUGUCGAUGUUACAGAGACUGCGAUGUUUGAUGUUAAGGAGGGUUUUUGUGUGGGGAACUGGUUCUUCAGCAAGAAGCGGUGUUGUCUGGUGGAAGGGUCGGAGGAGCGAGAGUGUGAGGCGUGGCUGUCGUGGGCGGAGAUAUUGAAUGGAGCGUCUUCGUCGUCGAUUGAUAGGCAGUGGGUUGAUUUUAUAGCUUUUGUCUUUUGGGCUGUGCUGCUUGCUGCGCUUGCUUGUGUGCUCACGAUGCUUACGAAGACGGUUGUGCCAUCGUCUGUUUCGUUGUCGACGUUGGAUGAAGAUCUGGGUGCGCAGGUUAACGAUACGCCUAGCAAGUCACCAAUUACGGAUCGGAAAAGUGGUAGUUCUUCUGGCCAGUCGCCGCCGAGGAAGGACGUUGCUCCGCCUAUGGUUUACUUCUCUGCUGCUGGAAGUGGGGUUGCAGAAGUGAAAGUGAUUCUUAGUGGGUUCGUGCUUCAUGGAUAUCUUGGUUUUAAAACGCUGGUCGUUAAGACGUUGGCACUGGUUUUGGCUGUUGCGUCGGGAUUGAGUGUUGGAAAGGAAGGGCCUUAUGUUCAUAUCGCAGCUUGCAUUGGAAAUAUCUCCUGUCGUAUUUUUUCAAAGUAUCACUACAAUGAUGGCAAACGACGGGAGGUGCUGAGUGCUAGUGCUGCCGGCGGUGUUGGUGUUGCCUUCGGCGCUCCUAUUGGAGGUGUCUUGUUCAGUCUGGAAGAAGUCAGCUAUUAUUUCCCCCCCAAAACCCUCUUUCGAACAUUCUUCUGCUGCAUUGCCGCCGCGCUCUCCCUGAAAUUCUUGAAUCCAUAUGGCACCGGUAAAAUCGUCUUAUUUGAAGUUCGCUACGAGUCAGACUGGCAGGUCUUCGAGCUUCUCAUAUUUACCCUCCUAGGAGUUCUUGGAGGUGCUGCAGGUGCUCUGUUCAUUAAAGCCUCGAAAAUCUGGGCCCAGUCAUUUCGUCGAAUCCCAGUAAUCAAGCGCUGGCCACUAUUGGAGGUCGUCCUGGUCUCCCUGAUAACGGGUCUAGUUAGCUUCUGGAAUCGCUAUACGAAGUUACCCGUCUCUGAGCUUCUCUUUGAGCUAGCCAGUCCGUGCGGCUCAUCCCAGUCGAGAACUGGCCUAUGCCCUCCAGCUGACCAGAUCCCCGAAGUGAUCCGCUACCUCGUCGUUGCCUUCGUCAUCAAGAGUCUCCUAACCAUUGUAACAUUCGGCAUCAAAGUGCCCGCGGGAAUCUACGUACCGUCAAUGGUCGUUGGCGGUCUUCUGGGCAGAAUCGUCGGCCACAUUGCACAGUACUUCGUCGUCCAUUUCCCGGACUCUUUCCUCUUUGGAAGCUGCCCCAGUUCCCCUGAUGCCUUCUCCUGCGUAAAUCCAGGUGUCUACGCCCUUAUCGCCGCUGGCUCAACAAUGUGCGGCGUCACACGCCUCUCCGUCACGCUGGUCGUAAUCCUGUUCGAAUUGACAGGCAGUCUCGACCACGUCCUUCCCUUUUCCCUUGCAAUCCUCUGCGCCAAAUGGACCGCGGACGCAAUGGAACCGCUAAGCAUCUAUGAUCUCCUCACGGAUAUGAACUCCUACCCAUUCCUAGAUAACAAACUCCACCCCACCUCCGACAUCGAACUCGUCGAAAUCGUUCCGCGCGUCCGCAAAAACCGCGUAAUCGACAUCUCCAACUCCCCCUUGGUCCCCGCCACAGAAUUGCGCGAGAAACUCGACGUCCUCCUCAUGGCUGGCGAGCUGGACGGUGGUCUACCCAUACUCCGCAAAAAUAUCCUAGUCGGCCUAAUCCCGGCUCCAGAACUUGGAUUCGCUCUCGAUAGGCUUGAAAAUGAAAAGGAGGCGAUGUGUCUGAUGUGUAUUGAUGCGUCGUAUGGCGGGUGGGCUGGUUCGGAUGUACAGGACGAGCAUUCGAACGGGCUAGCGGAUUUUACGCCGUAUAUUGAUCCGGCGCCUGUCUCAUUGGAUAUCCACUCGCCUAUCAGCCUUGUGUAUCAAUGCUUUGUCAAGUUGGGACUACGGUACAUGUGCGUCCUGCGCGACGGACAGUUUGCUGGGCUGGUGCAUAAGAAGUCCUUUGUGAAGUUUAUGAAAGAGCAAGAAAAGAUUCGCAAAUGA